AUGAAGACCACUCUACUCUCCGCUCUCCUUUUCCCUCUUCUGCCAUCAUCCGUCCUCGCAGCCGCCGACGACGAUGUGACCUGCCAGACAAAACUUGGCAAGGAAUCAGUCACAGAUGUCCAGACUGUCACUGUCACCAAGACAGACAGUGUAGUCCCUACGACAACAACCACAGUUAUUCCGACUGUGGUGAAGAAAGCUAACCAAUGGUCAACAAUCACGGUGUUCUCCACCAAGACUUUCACCGUCACUGGAAAAGGCGGCACCGACACUUUCAGCACUACUACCACGCUGUUCAAGGUGGCCACUGUUAUCGUGACCGCUACUUCUACUACUACCAGCACAAAGACAGGCACAAGGACUUCAACGUCUACUACUCAGAUUCCAACCACUGCUGGGUUUAAGUUCAUCUCGGAUACAGUCAACUCAAGGUCUCUGAAUGCGCAAAAGCGUGACAAGCUGUUCCAGAAGCCCCAUGCCCGGGCGAUAAUCAAGCCUGGGAUAAAAGCUUUCAAAUUCCCUUCAAAGGUUCAGUGCACGAAGCUUCUUCCAAAUGCCAACACAAAGGUUGUCCAGAAAACUGGUACUCCAGUUACCAAGACAGUGGCAAGUAUGCAGACAACCACUGUCGUCAAGACAAUCUCUACCACCACAACCCUUAUUCCCAAAGACGUAUCCGUCACCAAGUCCUUCACUACUUCCAUGAAAGUCACCACCUACUCCACCAAGUGGAAGACAGCAACAAAAUCUGCCACCGCCACCAAAACAAAGGUAAUCUCCGGCCCUACCGAAUAUGCAGCUUGCAAAGAAGCAAACAUGUUUGGCCCCGACUUUAACAGCGCAAGCACAGGCUACUACGUUACCAACGUUCUCAACAACGGCCCUGGUAUUCCCUCUGAUUUCCAGAUCGUCGCAAAUGGCGCCAGCAGUCCUGAAGAGUGCUGUAGCUCUUGCAUGCAGUUCACUGGCUGCGAGACGUGGAGUUUCCGUGCCGCUAACCGCAACUGUUUCCUUCUGUACCACGCCGGCUCGACGUGCAAGUCGCAGAGCAAUCAUCCUAACUACUUUAUGUCUAAGAAAGGCGCUGACACUGGGGCUGGUUUCAUUGUUGGCAAUGGGAAAUGUGGUUUCACUUAUAGCGGCAAUAGUGAUGGCUCGGUGUUUGCCGUUGAUCUUUAA